CGCCAAGAAAACGGUAUACCAAUCGAAGGUUGGAUCAGCGACCAACAUGAUGAAGCACUGUUAGAUUUGCUACCCUUUCUUGAUGCAUUAAGAUUUACUGAGGAUGUGAGAUCUAUACUUUCUUUACAAACUUAUUGA